GCAAUAAUGAAGGGUGGGAUGGGACCAAGUGGCAGGGCGUGGGAGAGGACGAACAUGACAUUGUCGGUUGUUUUUUGUGUUCAGAUCGAUUGUUAAUCUCAGCAGUUGUUUCCCACUCAUCUCUCUCUCUCUCCCCCACCUUAGCUUCAUCACAAGCAACCAACCUGUCUCUUGUUGGAUACUUAGUUCGCUGUUGGAACCACUGCAACACUCACUUCCUUCUCAAAUUCUCCCCAAAUUUUCAUUCCCCUCUUUCCCCUUUCUCUCCUUAAUAACCCUAGCUUAAUUAGGCCUCUUUUCUCUCACUCAAUUCCACUAAUUAGGCCUUUCAAUUUAUGGCCUUGGAAGGGAGGGUUGUUGGGAUUUGCACUACAUGUCUCAAUAAUGCUACUACCUUAUUAUUAGUUAAUUUUUAGUGGUUGAGGUAAUUUUUAGGGUUUAUCAAAAUGUCCGAAGACAAGGAAAUGGUGCAAUUAGGGUCCGACCCACAUUCGGGCGGAUCCAAGCGGCCCAUCUACCGCGAGUGCCUCAAGAACCACGCCGCCACCGUCGGCGGCAACGUCACGGACGGCUGCGGCGAGUUCAUGUCGAGCGGCGAAGACGGCCUCAAGUGCGCCGCCUGCAGCUGCCACCGCAACUUCCACCGCAGGGAGCCGGUGGCGGUGCACCCGCUCCAGCUCCCGUCCCCCUCCAUGAGCCAGUACCGCCACUGGAGCCCCAUGGUGCAUCCGGUGAAAAUGGCCUUUGCCGCUGCCACAGACUCGUCGAAUGAGGAGCUCAACUUCCACGCGGCCGUGGCGGCGGCGGGUCCACCUCCCCCGCUGCAGUUUGCGGCUAGGAAGAGGUUCAGGACCAAGUUCACGGCGGAGCAGAAGGAGAAGAUGCUGGAGUUUGCGGAGAAGUUGGGGUGGCGAAUCCCCAGGGAAGACGACACCUCGGUGCAGAGAUUCUGCGCCGAGGUGGGCGUGAAGAGGCAGGUUUUCAAAGUAUGGAUGCAUAAUAACAACACUUCUUCUUCCAAAAAAAUUCCCCAACAAUUUUAGAAUUUUUAUUCUUGUAUCAAUGUCACAUUACAUAUUUAUUAUUAUCAUCUUUAAUCAAAUAUGGAGUACUACAUUUAUAAUACUCCCUCUGUCUCA